UCUCUUUGACCCCCCCUCCCUAUUCGAUUGCCUUAAAUUCCUGCAGUCUGGUUCUUUCUCUCAUCAUAUCUGAUCUAUCAAUGGAAAGUCUUCCUUCACUCAUUCGUCGCGUUAGUGUGCUUGAAGUGGAUGGUUUUGAUAGCUCUGAAGAGCAUGGUGACACAAAAAGAACUGGAGAUGCUGCGGCAGUGGAGAGUGGGGAAGCUAAAAUUCUUCAUUCUGUUUCUAUCAGCAUGCCGCCUUCUCCUAUUGGAGCAACGAAAACUCCCAGGAGUAGCAAGUUCAAGGAUAAGAGGUUUGAUUCUUUCAAGACUUGGUCGGGAAGGUGCGAGAAACAAAUCUCGAGUGCACGUUCCAAGCAGCGCCAAUUACAACAAGAAGAAUCAGAUGGAUCCGACCACAACAACAAUGAAAUGGAAAGUAUAUCUGUGGACAGAUACUAUGAUGCCUUGGAAGGCCCAGAAUUGGAUACCCUUAAGGCUUCUGAGGAGGGUGUUCUCCUGCCGGAAGACAGGACGUGGCCGUUCCUUCUCCGAUUUACCAUCGGAUCGUUCGGUAUGUGUCUCGGCGUGAGCAGCCAAGCCAUUCUAUGGAAAGCGCUUGCCACAGCUCCUUCCACCGAAUUCCUCCAUGUCAGCCUGGACGUAAACCUAGUCCUCUGGUUCAUAUCCGUCGCGCUUUUCUGCAUUAUCGCUUCCAUCUACGCUCUCAAAACCAUUCUCUACUUCGAAGCGGUUAGGCGCGAGUACUAUCACCCGGUUCGCGUCAACUUCUUCUUCGCCCCAUGGAUCGUGGUACUCUUUUUAGGCCUCGGGGUUCCCCCAUCCGUCACCGAAAACCUGCCUUCCUCGUUAUGGUACGUGUUUAUGGCGCCCAUAUUUUGCCUGGAGCUUAAAAUCUACGGGCAGUGGAUGUCGGGAGGGCAACGUAGGCUGUCGAAAGUGGCUAAUCCUUCCAACCAUCUCUCUAUUGUUGGGAAUUUUGUGGGGGCUUUGCUUGGCGCAACAAUGGGGCUCAGAGAGGGUCCUAUUUUUUUCUUUGCUAUUGGAUUGGCUCACUACAUGGUUCUGUUUGUGACGUUGUAUCAGAGGCUUCCGACAAACGAGACUCUUCCUAAGGAACUUCACCCUGUGUUUUUCUUGUUCGUUGCUGCACCCAGCGUUGCUUCCAUGGCGUGGGCCAAGAUCCAAGGCUCUUUUGGUGAUGGAGCUAAGGUCGCCUACUUCAUUGCCCUGUUCCUUUAUUUCUCUCUGAGUGUUCGUAUAAAUUUCUUCCGAGGAUUCAAGUUCUCAUUGGCAUGGUGGGCUUACACAUUCCCGAUGACCGGAGCCGCCGUUGCCACCAUCAGGUACUCCUCCGUGGUGACCAACACACUCACAAAGUCCCUGGCUGUCAUCCUCAGCGCUGCUGCUUCACUCACCGUAACCUUCCUGCUGGUCACCACCAUCAUCCACGCAUUUGUUCUUGGGGACCUCUAUCCCAACGACAUUGCCAUCGCCAUCUGUGAAAGGCGACCAAAAUCUCACCGCCUAUGGAACAACACAGCAUCAGACACCUCCUCGGAUGCCAAUCAGAUUGAUAUGUACCUUAAAUAUGCAGACACUAAAGAUGUUGAAAGGUAGUAGUCAGUCCCGAUUCUUUCAUUCACUUUUCGAUUCUACUGUUCACGAGUGUUAGUCAAGGGAGGAGGAGGGACUUCAAUUUAAGUGUGUCCAAUUCCACUUCCAAUGAUCUUGAUUUAAGCAGCAGAUCAGAUCAGAUUGUAAGAUUUUUUUUUUCUUUACAGUAGUAUUUUUUCUACUAUACUUUUUCAGUCCAUAGUAAUAAGCAGAUUGUAAGAUACUCCUUAUUUGUUUGUUCUUAAAAAUAGAAAUAAUUUCAAUUCUUU